AUUUAAGCUUUUUUUCACAUUUUUAUAAAAUUUAUAAAUCAUAUAAUUAUAAAUGUAUAUAAAUUAAGUAAAAAUAAAAUAAAAUAUAGAAUGGCUGAAGAAAAUGAAUCUUCAACACGACAGAAAUCUGAAAAUACUGGAGAGGUUACAAAAGAAAUAGAGGCUGAUAUUAGCCGCUAUUUUGAAAAUGCAUCUCGCACAAUUUUUGAUGAGAUUGUAUCACCUAAAAAAGAAGAUUUUUUCAAUAUACGAAAAACUUCUGAAAGUAGAAUUCCAGAUUUUGAAUUACUCACAGAUCAAUCAAACGAAUUUUUAAAAAGUAAUUCAUUACUCGAUAAUGAACGACUCGAUCACAGUGGCACAAAUGAUGUACACAGAGAUGUAUGGAUACCUUCUGAACAAACAAGAAAAAUUCUACGAAGUAUUGCUACAUCAACUGUUGGGACUAAUUCUCUUGACAGAGAAAAUUUGACAAUGCCAGGUCUUGCAGUACAAGGAGAUAUGCCAAAUUUAAUAAAAAGUACUGCUGUACGAUUUCUAGGUGAAGAUGAAAAUAUACAAAGGCAUGUACUUACUGCUUCUGAUGUAACUCAAGAUGAACGUGGUUUAAGGACGUUAAUACAAGCUGGUUGUUACAAAGCAGCAAUAAAUUUAUCAGGAAGAUUAUUGGCAGUAUAUGCUCAAGGAUUUGGCAAAAUAAAUCAGCCUAGUAAACAUUCUCCACAUUCUUUACAAUUAUGGUAUACAAGACUAGCUCUUUUGACUAAACUUAAGCAAAUUGAUAUUUUAGAAAAUGAAUCAAAACCAUUUGGUAAUUUAGAUAAACCAGACAUGUAUUUUACAUUUUAUCCUGAACUAUAUGGUACUAGACCAGGUUCUAUGGCUUCUUUUUCUUUUAGAUUACUUUUAGCUGAAAUUCCAAUGUAUUGUGGUAAAGCAAAACAAGCAUUGGAUAAUCUUUUUAAACUUCUGUCAAUAGUGAAUCAAAUUAUAACUAAUUUUAAUGCUGGAUUUAAUGGAGAUGGAUCCCAUAUUAAAAUAAAUUGCGCAGAACAAGAAGAUGCUAUACGAUUAUGGAAAGCCAGAAGAUCCAGAAUUCUUAUAUCUAUUACUAACUGUGCAGUUAGCAUGAAAAAUUAUGUAUUAGGCAUAAAUAUUUUAGAAAAACUUUGUGAAUCUGCAGAUUGGACAUCUGAACAAAUGGAUGCAUUGAAAGCUAGUAUAGGUAGAUUACAUCUAUUUUUGGGAGAUGUUUCAGCAGCAGAAAAAUUUCUAAUUAAUUUACAUAAAAAAGAUAAUAAUCUAACUGUUCGAGAAUUAACAGAUAGAGGAUUAUUAGCAGUAGCUCAUAAUUCUUUCCAAGAAGCAUAUAAGUGUUUUCAAGCAGCAGAAGCAUUGGAUCCAUCAAAUAUCGCAUUAAUUAAUAAUAUGGCUGUUUGCCUUUUAUACACAGGCCAGUUAAAAGCUGCAGUUCAUUUAUAUGAAAGCAUGAUAACAAGAAAUCCUGUAAAAAGUUUACAAGAACCCAUAUUAUUGAAUAUAUGUACAUCAUAUGAAUUACAUACAAUUCAUUGUAAACAACCGAAGUUACAUUUACUAAAUCAAUUAAAUAGAUAUAAAGGAGAUUCUGUAGAUAUACAAUGCCUGAAACUUCCUUUAAAUUAAAACUAUUUUGUUUGUCUAUGUAUAAUAUAUAAUCAGGCUGGAGAUAAAAUUUUUAAUUUUUUAUUUAAUUAUGAAAAUGUAUAAAUUUUAGUAAUAAAAUAAAAAUUGUAUUC